CUUGGACCGACGACCUCUAUCCUGCGAAAAAGCUACCUAUAUCAAGAAAUAGCAACUAACGAUUCAUACGCAGACACCGCCCGAUUGUCCACAUGCCAGUCCGAGACUUGUCCAAUUUGGCAUGGAAGUCACUCUUUCAACUAAUUUAACGCCAUGACUUCAUGAUUUAUUCCUUUCGCCCUCCCAUUUCCUUUUUCUUCUCCUAUCCUUCACCUUCCUCCCAUUUCUCCCCUAUCUUCGUUUUUAUAAUCCCCCAUCCAUUCUAUAUAUCAACGUCUUUACUAGAUUCAAAUUUUGGAGUUUUGUCACGGAGUCAUCGGAGAGAACGCGGACGCGGGCACGGUCACGGUCACGGAUACAGAGUAAAGGAAAACGGCGUUUCGAUUGGACUUUCUUUCUACUUCAUUCCCCCUCCUCAUUUUGUACUUUCUUUCCCUUCUCUUCACCUAAUUUUCUUCUUUCUUCCUCUGUUUCUCUUCUUUCUUCCCCUAAUUUCCUUCUUUCCUCCUCUGCUUCUUCAUUGCUGGUCACGUAUUGAGAUAUCCCCCCUGGUAUACAAUUUUGAAUAGACUGUCUUACGCAUACGACUCAUCUGUGGGAUGGAGAUUAUUGGGUGUUAGGUUAUUGGGUGUUCGGAUUAAUUGAGUUAGGAUAAAUUGACUACUUUGCUGGUUGACAUGAUGGGAUGGAUUUAGUUUUGACUCCGGUCUCUGAGCCGCACACUCAUGAUUAGAAUUACUAUCUACACUUACUCCGAAUAAUCGCUACCUACCUACAAACUUUUCUGCAGAUUGGACGCAUUCAUGUG